CUUCCUUGCACUCACUCCUUCUUGUUCGCUACCUCGACCUUGUCUUCUCUGCCUUUGCCUCCGCCUCCGCUCUCCAUCUUCAUCUCCACCAACGACCGCCGAGCCAUUUUUCUUCUGUGUCUUCCUCCUUUCCUCGCAACUCUCGACAUCCUGGUUUUUUUUCCCUCGUCUCGCUUGUCCGUCCCUGACCUGACCGACUCGCCGUACAAACCUUCAGUACCUGCACGAAGUUGGAGCAAGUAGGGCUUUGUCGUUUUGUAUCACAAGCGGUCGCUUCUGUUUCGUUGCUCUUUGUCCGAUACUUUUUGCAACGUCCGGUUUUUUGUACUCAGGAUCCUCGAGUAGAUCCAAUCCCCUGCACUCCCGAUUUUGUCUUGCUUCCAAUCACACUAAAUAGCCUUAAUGGCUUCCUCGAGACUCCCCUAAACAAUCGAUUUCGUCUGCGUUCGCGACUCCAAAAACUCCAUAGUCCGAGGAGCCAAUAUUAGAACACAACCUACUCGAGCUGACAGUCGAGAAUGAGCGGUCCCCCUCCGCCGCCUCCGCCUCAUGGCGGAGUGCCAAAGGGCUCUGGCUUGCCUCCGGGAAAAUAUGACAUUUUUGUUAUUCCCGAGCACUCUUCUGGAGGCGGAUUCUUGUACCUACCAUCUAUGCAGCCGAAUGUGAACAGUUUCGCAGCUGGAUUCGCUUCAGCCCUGAUCCUCGUGGUCCUUGGCCAGACUUUGGCGCCUGCUUUCCGUACGUGGUGGGAAGGCUUCCAUGGAUUAGGAAACAUGGCAAUGGCAAUGCUGGUUGUGGGUGUUGGCUUCGGUGCGUGGGCUCUUGGUCGUUUCCAAAAUCAGGAUAAGGGGUUUCCAGGUAGUGGAGGUGGUUUUAGCGGUCCGGGAAAUUCUGGCCGUGAUAGCCAAGGCGGAUGGAGUUCGGGCUUCCGUUCAGCAAAUGCUGGAGCGCCCCCUCCCCCUCCUCCUCAUGGCACUCCUCCUCCACCGCCUCAUCAUGAUACACCCCCAAGGCCACCGCCUCAUGAUGGUCCCAAGACAUCUUGGCAUGGCUCGCCACAUUCAGAACGGCCCCCUCCUCCUCCGCAGCCAGAGCCUCAACCCACUUCGCGAGAUGAACCCGAGCCACCUCGACCACCUCCCCAGGCUCGACCUCCUCAACCACAGACGCCUCCUGAAACGCCACCCCCGAAACCGAAAUCGAAGAAGUCCAAAUCCAAACCAAAAGACCCUCCAAGAGAUCCUCCAAGAGAGCCGUCACCUCCACCAAAGCCUCGCGCUGAGACCCCCCCUCCACCAAAACCCAAGGCCAAACCGGAACCCAAACCUGAACCCAAACCAGAGCCAGAGGCAGAACCAGAGCCGGCUCCUGCACCCAAAGCUGAAAAGUCUGAGCGUGAAAAGCAAAAGGGUUCGUGGGAAAAGGCUCGCGAGGAGAUGAGGAAGAAGGAGGAAGAGCGCAAAGUCAGGGAAGCCGAGCAAAAGCGACGUGAAGAGGCCGCAAAGAGACUUGCUGAGCUGAGGGCGAAGGACGCUAAGGAACGACAAGAAAGAGAGAAGGAGAGGCAGCGCAAGGAGCAAGAGGCCCGUGAUAAGAAGGAGCGCCUCGAAGCUGAACAGCGGGCCAAGGAACUUGCCAUCAAGCUCGAGGAAGAGCGACGAGAACGGGAGCGCCUGGAGAAGGAAGCUAAGGAAGCCCGUGAGCGAGAAGCACAACGAGAAAAGGAGGCUCGCGAACUUGAGGAGAAGAAGAAAAAGGAAGCCGAAGAGCGCGAAGCAAGACGCAAGAAGUUUGCCGCUGAACGAGAGGCUUUGAGGAAGAAGGAAGCCGAGGAGGCCAAGCGACGAGAAGAAGAGAAGAAACAAAAGGAGCUGGAGAAACAGCGAGAGCAGGAGAGAUUAGAAAAGGAGAAGGCUGAGAAGGAGAGGAUCGAGAGGGAAAAGGCCGAGAAAGAAAAGGCUGAGAAGGAGCAGGCUGAAAGAGAACGAGCUGCACGGGAAACUGCUGAUCGACAACGUAUGAGCUAUGCCUACUCAGGCGUUGGCGAGAAGAUCAGCAUGUGGCCCAAUGGUCGCCCACCAGCUGCACCCAAGUCUACAACCUCUUCUACUUCCAAGCCUCCUCCAAGCGCCGCUUCUUCUCAACGAAAGCCUGGCCCUGUUCCCUCAGCCGCCAAGUCCAAUGUUUCUGGUGUCAGCACGGAGAACUCGUAUCGACCCUACGACAAGCCCAAGCAGCAACCGAAGCGUAGAGGCUCUGUAUCUUCGCUUGGUUCUGAGUCGUCGUGGGCGGCAUCGCAGACUACUGGUCGAACAACACCGCCCCUUUCGACACGUGCUGGUCCCUAUUCAACCAAGGAUCCUGACAAGAUUGUCAUCUCAGGUGUUUACCUUUUCAUGAACCAAUUCUCCAAGACGCCCGCUAGCCAACUUAUCUCGGGUGUUGGAACUGUAACCGACGGACUGAUCCUCCGUGUGACAACCGAAGGUCUUUUUAUCGAUGAUGACGUCCGAAAUGUACCACAGCGGGAAUGGGACGUCAAAACUUGGACGCUGAAACAAGUAGAGGUAUGGUGCCCCCCGCAUUGCUUGAAAUCGCCUGCUGCUUCCUCCCCCGCCCCCGGUACCAAACCGAACCCUUUGCUUUACAAAAUGGCCUCGUCUCGGGCACGCGAUCGUGGAGCAACUCAACCUCUCGUAGGUGAAGAAGCCGACGUUUACCUGACCGAGAUGCUGCGCGCAUGCAAAACUUGUUGUCGUCUUGGUUUAUGCAAUCGUACAUUUCGAGAUACUAACAUUACGUCUUCGACUGGCCAGACUGGAGAGUGGAAAUCCAAAGGCCUUCACCUACUACGGGCCACGAACCGAGAAGGAAAGCGAUACCUGUUCGUUAUCGACGAGACGGAGAGCUGGAAGAUAUCCACCGGGCUCCAGCGUCUUCGAAAGAGCCCUCUUGCCCAGCAGCUUGCAGUCAGUGGCAUGGCAGCUUCGGACGCUCGAGGAACGCUCGAGAUGCUUGGCUGGGCCUAAUAAGACCUUUCCGGAGUACAUACUCGCUUCGGUACAUAACUUUUGGGUCAGACGGUACCAAUACAGAAGGAAGAAUAGAAAUGUAGAAAGUGGUGGACAGCGCAAGGAUUUAUGGGGAGCCGGGAAAACCAGCGGUUACCUGGGUGAAAAACGAUGGAGUGCAGCAUUUGGGGCGACAUGGUUGUUGGAAUGUCAGUGAAUUGCAUAGCAAGACAGGAGUACGGGGCAUUGCGGAUCUGGGUUUGACUGACUGGGCUGGCCAACUACCAACUCUGCGAGUGCGUCUGCUCGAGGUCAGCCCAGGCGUUUAUGUUUUGUUGCGAGCAUUCUGAUUCUGUUCAUCAUACCCCUUUGGCAUCUUUGAAAAAUUGGAUCAAGGAUAGACUUUACGAUGAAAGACAUGACCAUAAUAAAAGGACUUUAAUUUCUCAA